UGAUCAGCUGUGUCCAAUCACAGCUGAUCACAUAGGAGAGCCGGUAAUCGGUCCGCAGAGGGGACAUGUACACUGAUCAUCAGGGCACUGAUGAUCAGUGUGCCCUGAUGAUCAGUGUGGCCUCAGAAGUGCCACCUGUCAGUGUCCAUCAGUGCCAGCAGUCAGUGCUCAUCAGUGCCACGUGCAAGUGCCCAUCAGUGCCACAUCAAUGCCACAUAUCAGUGCCCAUCUGAGCUGCCUUUCAAUGUCACCCAUCAGUGCCAGUCAGUGCCACCUAUCAAUGCCAAUCAGUGCCACCUAUCAGUGCUGCCAAUCAGUGCCACCUAUCAGUG